CGGCAUUAUUUGAUGAAACUCAUGUGGCGUAAGUUGUGUUGCGAGCGCUGGCGUAGUGUGAGAUUGCAAAGAAGAAAGUAUUACAGUUUUAAAUGGAUGUUUCACCAGAAUCACUAUUUAAUGCAAUUUUUGCAUUCAUAUGGUUGGCAUAUAUAUGGGAAACUUACCUUUGCUCUCGACAGAUAAAUGUAUACAAAACAGCAACAACAGUUCCCGCAGCACUUGAAGGCAUUCUAAAAACAGAAACAUUUGAAAAAGCUCGUCUUUACCAGUUGGACAAAAGCAACUUUGGAAUAUGGUCUGGUAUCUACUCACAAGUUGAGUCUAGUUUGAUUCUAUUGCUUGGUGGGAUGCCUUGGCUUUGGAGAGUGUCUGGAGAUUGCAUCAUUAGUUUGGGGUUUUCACCAGAGUAUGAAAUUACUCAGUCUGUGGUGUUCUUAUUUCUGGCAUCUAUUUACUCUUCAAUCUCUGGUCUCCCCUGGUCAAUCUACAGUACCUUUGUCAUAGAGCAGCGUCAUGGCUUCAACAAACAGACACCUGGAUUUUAUGCCAAGGAUCAAAUAAAGAAGUUUGUUGUGAGUCAGGCAAUAAGUGCACCACUUGUGGCUUGUCUGAUCUAUAUCAUCAAGUGGGGAGGAGAGUACUUCUUCAUCUAUGUUUGGCUAUUCAUCUUCUUCUUUACUUUGGCUUUCAUUACUGUGUAUGCUGACUACAUCGCUCCGUUGUUUGAUAAAUUUACGCCACUACCAGAAGGAGAAUUACGAUCCAAGAUUGAAGAGCUUGCUAAAAGCAUUAGCUUCCCACUCUACAAGCUGUAUGUGGUCGAAGGUUCCAAGCGGUCAUCUCACAGCAAUGCAUAUUUUUAUGGGUUUUACAAGAAUAAACGUAUAGUACUCUUUGACACUCUACUGGAGGGUUAUGUUCCAAGUAGUGAAGAGAAUAAACAGGAUGCUGGUGAGGGAAAUGAUGAAAAGGAUAAUACAAAAGAGGAAAAGAAGUUAAUUGAGGAAGAGGAUACAGUUGAAGAUAAGAGUGAAGAUAAACCCCGCGGUAAAGGAUGUAGCAACGAUGAAGUCCUUGCUGUUUUAGCCCAUGAGCUUGGACAUUGGAAACUUAGUCAUAAUCUUAAAAAUUUCUUCAUUGGUCAAGUGAAUACAUUCCUUUGCUUCUUUAUAUUUGGUCUUCUGAUGGACAUGCAGAUUUUGUAUGAUGCUUUUGGAUUCUACAACAUCAGCCCAACCAUUAUCGGAUUGUUGAUUAUUUUUCAGUUCAUCUUUCACCCUUACAAUGAGUUGCUGGGUUUCUGCAUGACAAAGCUUAGCAGACAUUUUGAAUUCCAAGCAGACAAUUUCGCAAAGUCGCUGAAGAGGGCAGAGUUUCUAAAGUCUGCUCUGGUGAAACUGCAUGUGGACAACCUAGGCUUCCCUGUGGAUGACUGGCUCUAUUCUUCCUGGCAUUACUCGCACCCUCCACUUCUAGAGCGAUUGAAGGCUUUGGGAAAGACGGAGUAAUUGUAAUGUGUAAGCUGGGCACUCACUGCGUCGUGCAACAAACCCAACUCCGCUCCCCUUGAGCACUAGAGAAUGCGACACCCUCUGCUGAUUGUCGGUAGCAGUCUGAAUGGAUUGUCAUUAAAAAAGAUCUGUUGCACGUGCGUCAUCGCGUACAGUGAGUACCCAGCUCUAGUUGUUAUAAUUUAGUACAAGGUUGUGUAUGUGCAUCAGGAUGUCUGUACCAGUUUGGUGUUGGACAUUAUUCAUCACGUUGAAUACAGGGGUGGUGCCAGGAUUUGCCCGACCAAAGCAAAGUGGGUGUGGUAGGGCGUCUUUCAAAAGUAGUCUAGUUUGGGCCUUCAAUCUAUCAAUUUUAGAGUCUACUAAUAUGUAGAAAAUACAUAUAAUUUUUUU